AUGAGGACGCCGCUAGCCCAGUUUCUACCGGCCCUGCAACGAGUCGAGAAUGCCUGGGAUAUCCUUCGCACCGCAAAGCCCACAGUCCAACAAUCCGACAAGCCGCUGGGCUUACUUGGAACAGUUACACACUACGGCCGCCAAACGUUCCGCCUACUAUUCAUGAAUGGCCCGACCACCGAGAAACUAGUGCGUAAACUUAAUCCGAAGGUUGCUUCAGCGGUGGAUGAUUUGGUAGCAACAGCAACCGAGGACCAAGAUCCAGACGCGAUGUUCCUGUUGGCGGAGAUGAACUUCUACGGCAACUUCUCCCACCCCCGCGACUUCAAAUCUGCUUUCAGAUGGUACCAUGAGUUGGCAUGGUUGAACGGAAACAACACAGCGCAACACAUGGUCGGGUUUAUGUAUGCGACGGGAAUUGGCGGUGCAGUUGAACGGGAUCAGGCAAAGGCCCUCAUGUACCAUGAGUUCGCAGCUGAGACUGGAAAUACCCGCUCGGAGAUGACAUUGGCAUAUCGCUACCACAGUGGUAUUGGAACGCCGAAGAAUUGUGACCACGCGAUCUUUUAUUACAAGAAGGUUGCAGAUAAGGCUGUGCAGUAUUACCGCUCUGGUCCGCCGGGUGGCAGUGCUCUGAUUAGGGAAUCCUAUCGCUGGGCCGAUGAGGAAGGUGGUGUCUACGGCCAAGGAGCUAGUGUGUCCAGCUCCGGUCCAAAUGCAAGAGAAGCCGCCAAUGCGGGCCCGGAGGCCAGUGUGGAGGACAUUCUGGAAUAUUUGGAUCUCAUGUCCCGAAAGGGCGAGCUCAAGGCUACCUACACCCUGGGGAAGAUGAACUUUGAGGGUGCCCGGGGCCUGCCUCGUAAUUUCCGACGAGCCAUGAAAUACUUCAAGGUUGUCACUAAGAAGUACUGGAACAAAGAUGGUUCUAUCAACCCUAACCCCCAAGCCGGGCUUGACAAGCUUGCCUCUAAAGCUGCAGGACAUAUCGGGUUGAUGUACCUCCGCGGAGAGGGAGUUGAGCAACACUACCCGACAGCCCUCACAUGGUUCCGACGGGGUGUUGCGAAUGGAGAUUCUCUGUGCCAGCACUGGAUGGGUCUGGUGUACCUCAACGGGUAUGGGGUCCCCCAAGAUGGCUACAAGGCCUCUGAGUAUUUCAAAGCGGCUGCAGAGCAGGAUCUCCCGGCGUCUGAAUCGCGAUUGGGAGCUCUUUUCUUGGACCAAGGUGACGUGGAAACUGCCACUCGCUAUUUCGAGCUUGCUGCCCGUUGGGGCUGGAUGGAAGCGUAUUAUUACCUCGCAGAAAUGGCCAACUUUGGUGUUGGCAGACAACGUCACUGUGGAGUGGCCACCGCUUAUUACAAAAUGGUGGCUGAAAAAGCUGAGAUCGUCCACUCAGCCUUUGCGGAGGCGAACGAUGCUUACGAAUCUGGCGACAAAGAAGGUGCUCUCAUUGCGGCCAUGAUGGCAGCCGAACAAGGAUAUGAGAAUGCACAGGCAAAUGUAGCUUACCUGCUUGACGAGCAUCGCUCUGUGCUAUCGCUCAGUUCGGUUCUGCCCUGGGCCGAAAAGGCGCCGUCUUCUUUGCUGCGCAAUGCAGCGCUUGCACUGGUUUACUGGACUCGUUCCGCCAAGCAAGCUAACAUCGACUCCUUGCUCAAAAUGGGCGACUACUACCUGUCUGGAACUGGCUCUAUCGUUGACGCUGACAAGGCUUCAACUUGCUAUCACAAUGCUGCUGAAGCUCAUCACAGUGCCCAGGGCUAUUGGAACCUGGGCUGGAUGCAUGAGAAUGGCGUGGCGGUCGACCAGGAUUUCCACAUGGCCAAGCGAUAUUAUGACCUAGCGCUAGAUCUCAGCCCCGAAGCAUACCUCCCAGUCAAGCUGAGUUUGCUCAAACUCCGGGUCCGCGGAUACUGGAACCGCAUUACCAACGGAGACAUCAAUCCCAUUCGUGACGAAGAAGACCUUUACGAACGACAGGGAGAUGAUGAUGACUACCGAGGUUUGGAAUCUGAGGGCCACGAGGAUGGCUACUAUGAUGACCUGGAUCUUGAUAUUGAUGAAGGAAUGCUCGAGGGUCUGCUCAUUGUUGGUCUGGCUGCUACUUUGUUGGUAUUGGUUUAUUUCCGACAACAGCAACAGCAGCGCAAUCGGCAGAACGAGAAUGCCAACGCCCAAAAUGCGAACGCAAACGCAAACGCGAAUGCCAAUGAUCGGGGGUUUUUCCCGCAGCCUGGUGAUCCUGAGUUCGCGCAAUGGGUAGCAGGGGGAGUUGGUCAUUGA